AUGGGAGAAAUGGCGACCGAAGCCCGAAAGGGGCUCAAAGAGCUCGCCGAGGAUCUUCUCAAUGACGUGGGUAUGUUUGGCUCAGCCAGCAACCUGACUCCGGCCAACGAGCGCGACUUCAAGACCAACAUCAUACAAAGAGCCCAAGCCAUUAUCGACAAGCUUGAAGAUACACCACGGGAGAGAGCUAUGAAUGACUGCAUCAAGGUCGGUGAAAUGACCGCAAAGCAGCUUUUCAAUGCCUGGGGGGUCUUCCAAAAGAUUCCAGUACAAGGAUCCAUUUCGUACAAGGAAUUGGCUAGCAGUGUUGGGUGUGAAUUGCAGCUACUCGUUCGCCUCGCGUGGAUGUUGAACUCCACGGGUAUUCUGGAGCAAGUCGGCGAAGAUGGCGUGGCUCACACUGAGAAGUCGAAGAUGUUCAUCAAUGACAAUCCAGACGGAGAUCUCACCAGAAUCGUAUUCGUUCAUGGCAUGGUAGCGUAUGCUCAAUUGGAAAAGUACUUUGAUUCUUACGGGCUCCAAGAGCCAUCGGGUCGAACUCAUGUUCCAUACACCUUUGCGUAUGGUCAGCCGGAGAAGAACGUUUGGGAAGUAUCUCUGCAAAACCCUGACGACAAGAGGAUUUUCCUGCGGUCAAUGAAAGCCAUGGGAAUGCUUCUCCCAGUAUGCGGCGUCUAUGACUUCUCCUGGAUCUCAGAUGCCGCGCACUCGGGGCCCACGGACAGGCCCCUUUUCGUCGACGUUGGGGGCGGUAGCGGCCAUGCUAUGAGAAUCAUCUGCAAAAACUAUGGCAUACCAUUGGAUCGAUGUGUUCUUCAAGAUCUUGACACAGUGAUCAGCGAGGUCUCCGAGUCUCAGGACUCGAUUGGCUUACUUGGCACGAAGUUGAUGGCAAUUGACUUCCAUAAGGAGCAGCCAGUCAAAGGCGCACUUGUGUAUUACAUCCGAUAUUGUCUUCACAAUUACAGUGAUGACUUGGUGGUGGAAAUCUUGAAGGCCAUUGCAGACGCCAUGGCACCUGACAGCAAGCUUUUGAUCGCGGAACAGAUCACGCCCAAUCCGCCGUCGGCUCAUACUGCAGCCAUUGAUCUGUUGAUGCUGAGUGUUGGUGGCAAGGAACGGCCAAAAGACGUGUGGAAAGACGUCCUCACCAAGGCCGGCCUGGGGAGAAUCAAAUUUUGGACAUCUCCUAGCAACCCGCAUGGCAUUAUCGAGUGCUUCAAGACAAUUUGA